AGGGGAUGGGGGAAUGUGGCCCCAUCCCGUCCCGCUGGGCUCCGGCUCUUCCUAUGCCCCAGGCACCGGGAAUGUCCCCCCCCAACUCCCCCGUCCUGUCUCAAUGGGGAGCAAUGGGUUGGGGUGACAGAGCCUAGACCUGAGGAAGGGGACGGAGCAGGAGCAGAGGCUGCAGGUGGCACCCUGCAUGUGGGUGCUCCAGCACCAUGGGGUCCCCGGGCUGUCCUGCACCCCCAGCCCCUGCACCCCGCACCCCUACUCCAGGGGGUCUCCCCAGGGGAGGGGGACAGGGCAGGAACCAGGAUCCCCCACCCCGUGCCAGGAGCAGACAGGCUGGGGACGUGCUGGACAGGGAGGCACGAAGCACCCUGGUGCUGAGCCACCCUGCGGGGGCACCCCGAGCAGCGCCGUGCGCCCACCCCGCGGUGCGAGGCAGGGCUGGCGGCGGGGAGGGAGGGAGAGCGGCCUGGCGUGGGGCCGGGGGGCCAUGCCCGGGGGGGGCCAGCAGCAGGAGCAGAUUGGCUGCCGGCGAGGCCUGCGGGCUCCUUUGAAAGGGCGGCGUGGGAGGCGCCUGGGGAGCAGGCAGCAGGCAGCCGGCUCGGUCCCGCUCAGCACGGCACGGCUGCGGCGAUGCCACGGGCGAGCGUCCCCACGAGGAUCACGGGCACGGCGCUGCGGGCACUGCUGGCGCUGCUGGCGCUGCUGGCACCAGGCAGCGGGCAGCACUACGACUACUACGGCUGGCAGCCCGAGAGCGUGCCCCGAGGGCGCUUCUACGGCCGGGAGCCGCAGUGCGUGGACAUCCCGGCCGACAUGCAGCUCUGCUACGACGUGGGCUACAAGCGCAUGCGGCUGCCCAACCUGCUGGAGCACGAGUCCAUGGCCGAGGCCAAGCAGCAGGCCAGCAGCUGGGUGCCCCUGCUCGCCAAGCAGUGCCACACCGACACCCAGCUCUUCCUCUGCUCCCUCUUCGCCCCCGUCUGCCUCGACCGGCCCGUCUACCCCUGCCGCUCGCUCUGCGAGGUGGUGCGCGACUCCUGCGCCCCCGUCAUGGAGUCCUACGGCUUCCCCUGGCCCGAGAUGCUGCACUGCGCCAAGUUCCCCUCUGACCACGACCUCUGCAUCGCCGUCCAGUUCGGGAACAGCCAGGCCACCCCGCCGCCAGUGUCCAGGAUCUGCACGCAGUGCGAGAUGGAGCACAAGGCGGACGGCAUGAUGCAGCAGAUGUGCUCCAGCGACUUCGUGGUGAAGAUGCGCAUCAAGGAGGUGACGGAGGAGAACGGGGAGCGGCGCCUGGUGGCCGCCCAGAAGAAAAAGGUGCUGAAGCUGGGCCCCCUCAAGCGCAAGGACACCAAGAAGCUGGUGCUGCACAUGAGGAACGCGGGCUCCUGCCCCUGCCCCCAGCUCGACAGCCUCGGCGGCAGCUUCCUGGUGAUGGGCCGCAAGGUGGGCGGCCGCCUGCUGCUCCUCGCCAUCUACCCCUGGCAGAAGCACAACAAGGAGAUGAAGUUCGCCGUCAAGUUCAUGUUCUCCUACCCCUGCCCCCUCUACCACCCCCUGCUCUACGGGGCCGGGCAGCACUAGGGCUCUGCCCCGGGACUCCUGCACUCGCCCUGCUCCGCACCCCUGGUGGCACCCCAGGACCCCAGAGAUCCCCAGCUGCAUUCAAGGGAGCCUCGACCUGCACCCAGGACCCCCGUGCCCCUCCUGAACGCCCACCUCUGCACCCCAGGACCCCUGCCCUGCCUCCCUGCUUGUUCCUUGGCUGCCCCGAGACCCCAACCCCCUGCCCAGCUCCUGAUGACGUGACUCUGACCCUCAGCCUCCCCCAAUCCCUCCUCCAGCCCCCCAGAGCAUCCCCAUCCUGUGUCCCCUCCUGCAGAGCUCGUGCCCCAGCCCUGGAUCACCCCCCCUCCUUUUUCCAUGGACCCCCCCAUGCCAAGGCAGCUCCUUGCUGCCCUCUGUGCCCGCAGACUGCCCCCAGCUCCCACAGCCAAGUGUCUGGAGGUGCACGGCCACUGCCUGGGCUUCCCCAGCCCUCCCUUCCACAUGGCUCAACAGGGGGGAGCCCACCUCCAACCCAGCCCCACUGCACCCCACAUCCCCCCAUCCCAGCCUGACCCCCCCCAGUAAAUUAUUCUGCCUCGGAGAAGCCUGGGUCCUGCUCCCUGUGGUUCUCAGGACCCUGGGAAGCAGGGGACGGGGCAGCCAAGGGUCCUGGCUCAAUCCACAGCUCCAGGAGCUGCAGAGGGCUGGGAGCUUUGGGGUGCGCACAGGGAGGUUGCAGAUGCUGGAUGGGGCACCCCCAUCCCCGGGCACCCCCAGGGCGUGGGUGCCAGCAGAACCCCAGGCUGGCUGCUCGGGGGGCAGCAGGGUGCCCCCGUCCUGCCCCAGCCCUGUUUACCCACCUGCCCCACGCUGGGGCACCGAACCCGGGGUGUGCUCCAGCCCCGCAGCCAGCAAGGCGCAGGGCGCAAGGGCAGGUGGGUUCUGCUCCGGCCAAGGUGGAAAAAAACAGGGGAGAAAAACUCCACUAUUGCUGGGAGGUAUUUUCCGCCCGAGGCUGCCGAGCGCGCUGCCGUAGGAAUGAACAGCAGCAGCUAUGUGAGAGCAGAACGGGGAGGGCGCAAAUAAAUCCCCCCUCCCGCAGCCCGCGGUUAUCUGUAGCCCUCUGUGCUUUGCGUCACCGAGCUCCUCCUGCGGGGCCUUUGGGCACACAUGGACACGGCCCGCGUCCUGCCAAGGGCUGGCUGCAGGAAGAUGAGUAACUUCUCCCUG